AUGAGAUCAUAACUCCUUAUUCUCAAAUCCAUACAAAAGAACACUGCGGGUCUUUGAUCUCUUCUUUUCUUGCUAGCUGUGUUGGAAGCACAGCCAUGAUCGUAGCUGCUCUGAUAUCAUAAAAAUUCUGCAAUCAUUGCCUGAGCAAUUGAAGUUGAAGAAGAAGCAAGUAAAAACAGAGAAGAAGACUGAUUGCGAAUGAUUGAAUGAAAUGAAUCAAUUUUAUGUACAUCAGGCUGCUAUAUAUUUUACACACACAAUCUUAGCACAGCAGAGCUAGAGUAUUUAGCAGUUAACACGUGUACCAUGUGCAUCUAAUAUGACUCUCUUUACUUUUGUAACCCAAAUAGUGGUAUAAAAGAGGAUGAAUGUGAAAACAAACUCAGCAAAUGGCAGCGAUUCCACACCGUCGCUCUCUAACCACGCUUGCAUUUCACACCUCUCCGCAACACCAACUGAAAAGCACAACAAUACCAAUCCCAAAAGAGCACCAACAAGCAAAGCAUUCAAAACCCAUCUCAGAAACUCAAUCCCAAAGACAAAAACAACUGCUUUCUCUCAUAAAAACAUGCACCCAAAAGACCCAUUUCCUCCAAAUCCAUGCCCACCUUGUUUAUUCAAAUCUUCUUCAAGACCCCACCAUUUCCCUCAACUUCUUGUCCCGCGUGGCACUCUUUACCACACGAGACUUGAACUAUUCCCGCCAGUUCUUCACUCAAAUCCCAAACCCAUUAGUUUCUCACUACAACACUAUGGUUAGAGCCUACUCUAUGAGCAAUUCACCUUUGGAGGGGUUUUAUAUGUAUCGAGAAAUGAAAAGGCAAGGCUUGCCUGUCAACCCGAUGUCGUCUUCGUUUGCUAUUAAGUCUUGUAUCAAAGUUUCUACAUUGUUAGGGGGAGUUCAGGUUCAUGCUAGGAUUUUGAGAGAUGGGCAUCAGUCAGAUAGCCAAUUGCUCACUACUUUGAUGGAUUUCUAUUCGUGUUGCGAGAAGUGUGAUGAGGCAUGUAGAGUGUUUGAUGAAAUGUCUGAGAGAGAUACUGUUGCUUGGAAUGUGUUGAUUUCUUGCUGUCUACGUAAUAACAGGACCCGGGAUGCGUUGGGUGUGUUUGAUAUUAUGCAGAGUGAAAGUAAUGGGUGUGAACCCGAUGAUGUUACGUGUUUACUUCUUUUGCAAGCGUGUGCCCACUUGAAUGCAUUGGAAUUCGGUGAAAGGAUUCAUAGUUACAUUGAUGAGCAUGGUUAUGGUGGUGCUACCAAUUUGCAUAAUUCUCUUGUAGCAAUGUACUCGCGGUGUGGGUGUUUGGAUAAGGCUUAUGAGGUGUUCAAGGGAAUGCGAAAUAAGAAUGUGGUUUCAUGGAGUGCAAUGAUUUCUGGUUUAGCAAUGAAUGGAUAUGGUAGAGAAGCUAUUGAAGCCUUUUGGGAGAUGGAGAAGAUGGGUGUUCCGCCUGAUGAUCAGACCUUUACAGGAGUUCUGUCUGCAUGCAGUCACUGUGGGUUGGUUGAUGAGGGAAUGAUGUUUUUUGAUCGUAUGAGCAAAGAGUUUGGGAUAGUGCCUAACAUUCAUCAUUAUGGAUGCAUGGUUGAUCUCUUGGGUCGUGCUGGUUUGCUUGAACAGGCCUAUCGGCUUAUAAUGACAAUGGGGGUCAAGCCGGAUUCAACAAUGUGGAGGACCUUACUUGGGGCUUGUAGAAUUCAUGGCCAUGUUACCCUUGGGGAACAAGUGAUUGAGCAUUUGAUUGAACUUAAGGCUCAAGAAGCUGGGGAUUAUGCUUUGUUGCUGAACAUUUAUUCUUCGGCUGGCAACUGGGAGAAGGUACUGGAAGUGAGGAAGUUUAUGAAGGAGAAAGCAAUAGAAACCACACCUGGCUGUAGCACAAUUGUAUUGAAAGGUGUAGUACAUGAGUUCAUUGUGGAUGAUGUUUCACAUCCUCGAAAAGAUGAGAUUUAUGCAAUGCUGGAUGAGAUUAAUCAGCAGCUGAAGAUUGCUGGUUAUGUUGCAGAAAUUUCAUCUGAAUUGCACAAUUUGGGUGCUGAAGAAAAAGGGAGUGCACUCUCUUAUCACAGUGAGAAAUUGGCUAUUGCUUUUGGAGUUCUUGCAACUCCGCCAGGCACAACAAUAAGGGUGGCCAAAAAUCUUAGAACCUGUGUUGAUUGCCACAAUUUUGCAAAGUUUCUCUCAGGGGUUUAUAACCGAGUGGUUAUUGUUAGAGAUCGUGCUCGGUUUCAUCAUUUCAAAGAAGGACGCUGCUCCUGCAAUGACUAUUGGUAAAACUAUUUUUGGUCUGAGAAACAAAUGUGCAAACCUACAGUAAGUGAAGCAACUGGGUUUGCUAGAGAUUCAUACGAGGGCAGGAUUUUGUAUUACACUAGUCCCCUUGUGUGAGUUUGGGGCAGAGAAGUUCUGUUUGCCCAGGCCACUUAUGUCAUGUCACAGAAGGAUUCAUUUUCAACUUUCAACCCAAUCUGUUGAAUGGCUGCUUCCAUCACUAAAUUCAUGAAAUGUGUGUUAUCUCAUUCUGCUACAUGACAGGUUGCAGCCUUGUUGCAAAUGUUGAACAGAAGAUCCCAUUCCUUAAAGCUGGCCCGACCUCACUUUGUGAUGAUGUUCCCAUAACUUUGAACAUCUUACACAUACUAUUUCAACAGCAAUUUCCCUAGCAAAGAAAUUUGAACUUAUCAAAGGUUCACUGAUGUCUUAAACCUUGAAAUUCUGAAUUUCUAAAUUUUGUGCUGAUGUCAUUGACAUGAAUGAUUUGUUCUUAUUGUUUGAGUCAAAAUAAAUGAUUACACAAGGAACUAGACAUUGUUAAGCAUACA